AUGACCAUCCACCAGACUGGGAGGAGGAAGCUGGACAGGGAGGUGUUCUGGAAGGAUGGGGCCUACUUUCAAUCCUCCCUUAAAUCACACUUCCAGGCAGAGUUCCUCAGGUCCAUGUCCACUGGCUCCCUGGAUGGCUUUGAGGAGCAGGGCACUGGAGAAGACACCAGCCGGAGUCCGUACGGGGCUGGUUGCACCAGGGAGACACCCCCAUUCCAGUGUAAAAGACGACUCUGCCCUUAUGAUGAAAACCCUAGAUGUUCUGACUGCAGGAAAAGCUUAAAGCAGAGCUCGACCCUAAGGAGGCACAGCGACCACACGGGGAGACCCUACAAAUGCCUGCAGUGUGGGAAGAGUUUUGCUGACAGCUCUAAGCUCCUUCGCCAUCAGAGGAGCCACACAGGGGAGCGACCCUACAGGUGUGAGUGCGGGAAAAGCUUUGCCGACAGCGCCAAGCUCCUAGAGCACCAGCGAACCCACACAGGGGAGCGACCCUACAAAUGCCUGCAGUGUGGGAAGAGUUUUGCUGACAGCUCCAGCCUCCUUCGCCAUCAGAGGAGCCACACAGGUGAGCGACCCUGCAUGUGUGCCCAGUGUGGGAAGAGCUUUGCCGACCCUUCCAACCUCCUUCGCCAUCAGAGGAGCCACACGGGGGAACGACCCUACACGUGUGCCCAGUGUGGGAAGAGCUUUGGGCAAAACUCGAGUCUGAUGAAGCACUGCAAGGCCCACACAGGCGAGAAACCCUAUAGGUGUGAUGAGUGCGGGAAGAGCUUUGCUCAGAGCUCCAACCUCCUGGAGCACCAAAGGAUCCACACAGGCGUGAAACCCUACAAAUGCCCCGACUGCGGGAGAGUGUUCUGCCACAACUCCUCGCUGACAGGCCAUCGGAGGGUCCAUACUGGUGAGCGACCCUACAAAUGUGUCAUCUGCGGGAAGAGCUUCAGCCAGAAGUCCAACCACACCCAGCAUCAGCGGACCCAUACGGGGGAGCGACCCUUUACAUGCGAUGAAUGUGGGAAGAGUUUCAGUGUUCGCUCCAGGCUUAUUAUGCACCAGAGGAUCCAUGCAGGGGAGUGACCCGGUAAAUGUCCCAACUGUGGGAAGCACUUUAGUGACUGGCCAAAUUUCACAAGACAUCUGAUGACACAUACCCAGGAUGGGCCUGAGGAAUAAAUUUGGAAGAAAGCUUAAUUUGGAGCUCAGACUUUGGUGGCGAGAGCAGGGGUCUUGGAUUAUCAGGACUCCUGGGUUCUAUUCCCA